AUGCAGGCAAGGCGAUUUGAACUCACCCACACGCGCGACAGCAUAGCAGCCAUCCCCUCCAGCGGCUCGCUCGUGGCCACCCACGACUAUCACCAGCCCGGCCUGGGCUCCACUUCCAGUAAUAGCUCCUGCAGAGGUGCGGAGCAUCCUGGGGAAGCCAUCCCUCACCACCCUGCUUCUUUUCCCAAAAGUCCACUCUCCCGUACGCGUCUACAGUCUUGGAGUCCCCAGAACGCUCGAAAUCUUCCCAGGCCUCCAGCGGCGCGAUCACCUGUGACUUGGCUCUGGAAGCCAUGA